CUGACCAGCAAAUCAUAUCUGCCCUUUGCCACAGCAUGGACACUCAUUAAGCACCCCCGUCUGCGGACUAAGCGAGCGAUGAUUGGCUAAAACUCCGAUGGGAUAGUCGAUCAGAGAGAGGAAUACCCCAAUAACAACCGAAAUGGCCGACCUCCCAUUCAACUUUUGCGCUCAAUUGCUUCCAACUUAACAAACAUUCACGCCGUAUACUUAGGAACGAACGUCAGUGAUAAAGCUGGACCUUGUUCUUUUUCCGCUUUCUCCGCAACCCAGAUACCAUCGGCUUUAACCCUCUUCUGGGUGCCGGCAUUACGGUUCGGUUAAUGGCUCAAAUUCCACGUGGAAGGCAACUAGGAUCACAUCCCCACAUACUGCCACGCCUUUUCCCCAUGGGGGGUCUGUUUAACUGAGCUUUGAUUAGAGUCAAUAAAAGGUAUAUAAGAAGGCUAGGGAUCAUAUGAAUUCUCGCUUUCUCUAGCCAGUUCAAAUAUCCGAAACUUUCAGGCUUCAUCUGAUCAAAGCUUAACUUACUUCGUCCACUUGACUCCUUAUUUCAUCAUAUCACCAUGUUGCUCCUCAGAGCUCUUGCGGCAGCUCAGUUCCUGCUGGGAGUUCAAGCAUGCGUUCAGCCAAAUCCUGUUCCAGCCGCAUGGUCCACCUUUUCCAACAAUCUUGUCUUCCAGCCUGGUUCUGAUUAUACCAGUUGGCGUACGAUUUAUGCCCGCUCACUGCAGCUGCCAGACUGGUCUCUUCUCAUGACCUGGGAGAACUACGCUCCUGAGCCACAAACCAAAGCCUGGUUCCCAAUCUACCGUUCUACGAAUGGUGGUGCAACUUGGAGUUCGUACUCGGUAAUCAGGGAUACUGUGAACGGGUGGGGCCUGCGCUAUCAGCCACAUCUUCACCUCCUGAAAACUGAAUUCGCAGGCUUCCCAGCGGGCACGAUUCUUGCUGCGGGUGCCUCUGUUCCCUCUGACCUCAGCGAAGCCUAUAUCGAUCUUUAUGCAAGCACGAAUAAUGGCGUUAGCUGGACCUUUGUGAGCCACAUAGCAUAUGGCGCUGGGCCUGAGACUGUUAGCAACGGUAACGAUGCCAUAUGGGAACCUUUUCUACUGCUUGAUGGCAACACCAUGGUGGUCUACUACUCCGACCAACGUGACCCAGCACACGCACAGAAACUCGUUCACGUCACAAGCACAAACUUGCGAACCUGGACUGCUCCUGUCAACGAUGUCACGUAUCCCGACUUUAGUGCGCGUCCCGGCAUGGCUAUCGUAGCACGUAUUGGAAACACUGGGAGAUAUAUCAUGGUUUACGAAUACUGUGGUUCGCCAUCUUGUCAGGUGUACUACAAAGUGGCUACAUCACCUUACAGCUUUGGCGCAUCGACUGGAAACCCCGUCAUUGCUAACAACACUGCACGUACCGAUCUCUACUCUGCACCAUAUGUUAUCUGGACUCCGCACCCAGAGCGAACUGAUGGGUCGGGCCUUAUCAUGGUUAGUGGAGCCAGUAGAGAACAACUCUUCAUCAAUGAGGACUCUGCUGGUACAACUGGGUUCAAGCUAGUUGACAUUGGCCAGUGGACAUCUCACUCACGCCAAUUGUCGAUUAUUAGUUCAGAUAAUCAAAACAGGUUGAUGGUUUCUAAUGGCGGACUAAUGAACUCAGCAAGUGCUCCAUGCAACUUUGUUGCUACUGGUGUGGUGAAUAUCCCAACUUAGGUCUCGAUUAGCUCUGCUGAAGUCGGACAACUUAAGGGCACAUUAUGAGGAUAGUGAACAUUGUGUUGAUGUUUUAUAAGACAAGAGAAGAUAAAUCUGCAGCGUUACGGGUAGUUAGUAACUUCAAGUCUUUAACUAGUAACGUACAUGCAUGGCGAAAGCUCCAGCAUAGCGAACGCACCGCCCCCACCAUAUUUUACCAUCUUCCACCUUCCAACCUCGUUUUCUCCGUCGCCCAACAUGCCUCAAAAAUAAUAAUGAUA